GUGGAUUUCGACACCAAGGUACUGUCCGGGCACGUGGACCACACGGUGACGGUACGGGCUGACGGCGCCGCUGAGCUGGCGCUGGACAUGCGGGACGUCGCCGUCAGCGGCAUCACCGUCAACGGCGCGGCCGCCGAGUAUAGCCUGGCGGAGCCGUACCAGGCGCUGGGAAGCAAGCUGAGCAUUCAACUGCCGCCGGGGCUGAAGGCGGGCGACACGGUGGCGGUGGGGAUCAGCUUUGAGACCUCGCCACAGGCCAGCGCCGUGCAGUGGCUGCCGCCGGAGCAGACGGCGGGCAAGCGCCACCCCUACCUCUUCACCCAGUGCCAGGCCAUCCACGCCAGGAGCAUCCUGCCCUGCCAGGACACCCCCGGCGCCAAGUUCAGCUACGGCGCGGCGGUGCGUGUGCCGCAGGCGCUGCGGGCGCUGAUGAGCGCUGUCCCUCUGCUGCAGGUGGCGCAGCGCAGCAAGGCGGGGACGCGAGUGUACCGCUUCAAGCAGGCGGUACCCAUCCCCUCCUACCUGCUGGCCCUGGCGGUCGGCAACCUGGAGAGCCGGGAGCUGGGCCCCAUCUCCGCCGUAUGGAGCGAACCGGAGAUGGUGGAAGCGGGCGCCUACGAAUUUGCGGAGACCUCCAAGUUCCUGGAUGCUGCCGAGCAGCUGGCUGGGCCGUACCAGUGGGGGCGGUACGACCUGCUGCUGCUGCCGCCCUCCUUCCCUUAUGGCGGCAUGGAGAACCCGUGCCUCACGUUUGUGACGCCGACGCUGCUGGCGGGCGACCGCUCACUGGCCAAUGUGGUCGCCCACGAGAUUGCACACAGCUGGACAGGCGAUGGUGCGAUCCGGCGCCGGACCAAUGCUCCUGCAGGCAACCUGGUGACAAAUGCCACCUGGGAGCACUUCUGGCUCAACGAGGGCUUCACCGUCUUCCUAGAGCGCAAGAUACUGGGGCGCCUGUACGGCGAGCAGAUGUAUCAGCUGCAGGCCUCCAUGGGCUGGCUGGAGCUGCAAGACGCGGUCAAGUCGUUUGGGGAGGGGCACGCCUUCACCGCCCUCGUCCCCAACCUGUCGGGCGGCGUGGACCCCGAUGAUGCUUUCUCCAGCAUCCCCUACGAGAAGGGCUUUGCGUUCAUACACUACCUACAGGAGCUGGUGGGCGGCUCCUCCGCCUUUGAGCCCUUCUUCAAGCGAUACGUCCAGCGCUUUGCCGCCACGCCGCUCACCAGCGACGACUUCCGCGCUUUCUUCUGCGACUACUUCAAGGACAAUGCGGCCAUCGCCCAGGUCGACUGGGACACCUGGUUCUACAAGCCAGGCAUGCCGCCAGUGAAGAAUGAGUACGACGAGAGCCUGGGGCAGCUGGCGUAUGAGCUGGCCAAGCGCAGGCAUCCCCGGAAGCGCCAGGCCACCAGCUCUUGGCGCAUGGCACGCCCCUUUGGCAUCGCCGCUGUGCCGCUUCCGCCUCGCUCGCUGCUGUACCGCUGUGCCGCUGCACUGCCUUACUGCAGAAUGAACGAGCUGUACGACUUGGACAACCGCCACAACUCAGAGAUCCGCAGCUCCUGGUUCCAGCUCUGCAUCAAUGCGGGUGACGACAGCGUGCUGCCGCUGGUGAAGGGCUUCUUGCAGGAGCAGGGGCGCAUGAAGUUCCUGCGCCCGCUGUAUCGCGCUCUGCACAACAGCAAGAGCGUGGCGGCCAAGCAGGCGGCGCUCGACACCUACCACGAGCACAAGAGCACCUACCACCCCAUAGCAGGUGGGCGGAGGAGGGCCCCGCCACUGUCAGCAGCUGUGCGCCCGGCCUGCUGUCUGAUAUGUUGCUGGAGGCGGCGCACACCAGCCCGGCCAGCUGCAGCGCUGCCUCUCCUUGGCAGCACCAGCUGA